AUGGUACUUAAUCGAGAUGCUAUUCUCAGAUGUAUUAUUGCAAUAGAUUUUCUUUACACAAGCAUGGCGCUAAUGACCAACUGGUUACCAAUGUCGUACAGUUUGAAUCAAAUGACUAUUAUAUUACUUGGUUUUUGGGCAAUUGUUCAUCGUGACAGUGCUAUUACAUUAAUGGUAAUUAAAUGUUUUUCAAUUAUUCUUGAUUCAAUUGCUAUUGGAAUGCAUUUUGAUAUUGGAAGACGAUAUUACCGAAGUAUCGAUCAUAGUUCUUAUUUUAUUGUUAGUGCUUUUUUUGCUAUAUUUCUUGUCAUACUCAAACCAAUAAUGCUUUUAUUCUUAAAUAAAGUCAGACAAGAUCGUCUUGGUGAUGCAUCAUCACCAACGUUUGGAGGUUGGGCUUCUAAUACAAGUCCUGUGGCAGGAUAUAUGCCAGUUGACGAACAACAAGCUACUUAA